AAGUAGAAAGGGAAAGAAAAACACGACAAUGGAAAAACCCAGAAAAUGGAAGUUUCUAUAUUCACUAUUUAAACGGCACUCAUCAACCAAAGUUCUCAGAGCCUACUGAGACUUCCUCUUCAGGCAGUCCUGCAGAAUCGCCCCCCAGCUGCCUAAUGGCCCUCUCCAUCUCUGUGCUGCUGGCCCUGGUGAUGCUGGGCUCCAGCCCAGCCCGCUCUCUGGACUGUGUCCUGCAUCCAAGCCAUGGCAAUCUGGAAACCUUCCCACUGUUGAGUCAGAUGGAGAGAAUCUCCAUUCUGUCCUGUCUGAAGGAUAGGACUGACUUCAGCUUUCCUCAGAUGCUUGUGGAUGGGAGCAAGUUUGAGAAGACAGAAGCCACAGCUGUCACGCAUGAGAUGCUCCGGCAGAUCUUCAGCCUUUUCAGCCAAAGGGGCUCCCUGGUGGCUUGGGACGAGACCCUACUGGACAAAUUCCUCGCUGGACUUCAUCAGCAGCUGGAUGACCUGGAGACAUGUUUGGAGGAAGAAAAGAACGUGGAACAGUUACCCCAGGGAAGUGAGAACUCCAGACUGGCUGUGAAGAGAUACUUCCGUGGAAUCAGUCUCUAUCUUGAAAAGAAAGAAUACAGCCGCUGUGCCUGGGAGGUUGUCCGGAUGGAAAUCAGAAGGUGCUUGUUCUUCGUCAGUGAGCUCACAAGGAAACUCAGGAAAUAAAGAAGAUGUUGAGUCUGAAAACUCAUCUGGUCAACUAAACGCCUAUUUUCUAGGACUCAACAUGUCAUUUUCAUCUCUACUUUUAUGCCAGAAGAAAAAUAAAUAGUAACAAAUGUAUGGGGUUAUUACAAAGUUAUGUUAAAUGUUGCAAGUUGUUUAGAACAAAGAUAUGCACAAUUCAUCUGCAAUAGCUUAAGAUCUUUUGUACUUUUUAUUUAUUUAAAUUAUUU